GAGACUAUUGUGGAUUCUUCGCAUCGCGACGUGUCGACAUUGUUAGGUGGGUAAAAAAGAGAAGCUGAGAAAUCAUGGAUUUUGAUGGCGCAUAACGCCUGACACGUUCUUUUUACAAAGCUCCCUAAGAGCUGCAGUUUUUCUUUUCUUCAUUUCUUGCCAAUUCCUCCUCGUUGGUUCCGUUCAUCUUUUCACUUAACCUUCUCUCCAUCCAUUGGGCUUUUCUUGCUUGAAUCCGCACAUCCCUUUCGUCGCAUUCAACUUUUCCCCGUCACUGAGGCCACGGUUUCCUUCAGAGUCGAUUUUAGGCAACCCAGACGUCGGAGCGAUCAUUCCAGGCAUAACUGGUAGCCGUUCAACCCAACCGGAAGCAAGCGAGUCGGUCAUUUGUUUAGCACCAAAGCUGUCAGUCUGACUUGGUGUCAAACUUUUGUCUAGGACCACACUGUUCCUUCUGACACAAUCCGGGUUUCCUUUCGACAACGUGCCACUUCUUCACCAAAUAAAACAAGUGUCAUAUAACCUGACAAGUACAACUCAAGAAAAACAGCAACCACUUAUUAAAAAAAAAGACUCUUCUGUUGGUACACCAACAUUUAACUUUAUCCCGAAGCGCACAGAUUCACCCCUUCUCGCAAGUUCCUGAGCGUCAAGAUAGGGGUCCAUUUUUUGCGCCACAGCGUCCUCUCCCCCGAAAGCCUCCAACGCCCUCCCGAAACACCAAGUCCUUUCAAGGCCUAUUCGAUGAGCGUCCGGUCGAAACGAAACAAAUCUCCCAAGCUGGGGUUGAACACAACCCUUGACUCCAAGGGCGGGACAGGGAAGAGUAACGGCGUAUCGACAAUGAACAACAACGCCGAAUACAGGCGCAAGCCGGGCCCUCAAGGCUCCGAGGUUGUGACUGCAAACCUGAUAGCGCGCGAGAACUUCUCUCUCGACGAGCCAGUACCAAAGACGCCUGCGCUCAACAAUCAUGGCUUCUUCGAGCUGCCGCUUGUGGACCAGCGCAACUUUGGCCUCCUCGUGCUAUUAUACUUUAUGCAAGGCGUACCUAUGGGUCUGGCCACUGGUUCGGUGCCAUUUCUGCUCAAGGAUCACAUGUCAUACAGUGAGAUUGGAGUGUUCAGUCUGGCUUCGUACCCGUACUCUCUGAAGCUGCUUUGGAGUCCCAUUGUUGAUGCGAUAUGGAGCCCACGCGUAGGCCGCCGUAAGAGUUGGAUCCUGCCCAUCCAGAUCCUCUCUGGCCUGGGCAUGCUCUUGCUCGGCUCAACGGUGGAGAACAUGAUGGCCAUGACCGGCAAGCCUGGUGGACCUACGGUCUGGGGCUUCACCGGCUGGUGGUUCUUCCUUGUGCUCAUGUGUGCCACUCAGGACAUCGCCGUCGACGGCUGGGCCCUUACUCUGCUCACGCCCGGCAACAUAUCCUACGCCUCGACUGCGCAGACGGUCGGUCUGACGGCCGGCCAAUUCUUGUCCUACACUGUCUUCCUUGCCUUCAACUCAAAAGAUUUCGCCAACAAGUGGGUUCGAACCACCCCCCUGGACCACGGCCUACUCAGUCUUGGUGGAUACCUGAACUUCUGGGGCUGGACCUUCAUCCUGGUCACGAUAGGGUUGGCCGUGCUGAAGCGUGAAGACCGCACGCGCAACGAGGAUGGCGUCUGGGACGUCUACCGCAUCAUGGUGGGCGUACUGAAGCUGAAGCACGUCCAGUCCAUCAUUGCUGUGCACUUGAUCGCCAAGGUUGGUUUCCAGGCCAAUGACGCCGUCACUAACCUCAAGCUGCUCGACAAGGGCUUCGGCACAGACAACAUGGCGCUCACGGUCCUGAUCGAUUUUCCGUUCGAGAUCGGUCUCGGCUACUACGCCGGAAAGUGGUCGCAAGAAUAUACGCCCAUGCGCCUGUGGUGCUGGGCAUUUGUCGGUCGCUUGAUCGCGGCCCUGGCGGCGCAGUUUACUGUGUAUAUUUUCCCGGCGGGUGGUGUAACGCCUUGGUACAUGCUGGUUGUUAUCGCGGAGCACAUAUUUUCGACCUUUACAAACACUGUCAUGUUCGUGGCAGUGUCUGCCUUUCACGCCAAGAUCUCGGAUCCCAUCAUCGGUGGCACAUACAUGACGCUGCUUGCAACUGUGUGCAACCUGGGUGGCACAUUCCCAAGGCUGUUCGUGCUCAAGGCAGUCGAUGCUUUCACCGCCGCGACCUGUCACCCGCCCAGCUCGUUGUUGGACCAGGACACCAAGAAACUUAAAGGUCCCCUGGUCACGCAGCCCUUCUCGUGCGCCGUCCAGGCCGAAAAGGAGCGCUGCUUGGCCGGUGGUGGCAUCUGCGAAAUGACGCGUGACGGCUACAAUAUUGUCAACCUCUUGUGCGUGGGGUUCGGCAUAGUAACGUUUGUCAUGUUUAUUCGCCCACGGGUUAUGCAGCUUCAGGCGCUGCCCCUGAGGGCUUGGAGGCUAAGUAGCAUGAACUCGCGAUCAUGAGAGCAUAUUUUCUUGGCGCAAGAGCCUUUCUUUUGCCGUUGAAAAGAAAAGAAAAAAUUCCUUUGUUAUACUUCAUUUUGCGAAAUAUACGACAUGGCAUGUAGGAAAAGUGUACGAUUUGUCAAUAAACUAAGAACAGCUUGCUACAUAAGAAUCAAGACCGUAUACUCUCUAUACUGCCAUAUUUAACUAGUUCUAGACCUGGUGUUCAGUCUGCUUCACGGUUUGAUCA